AUGGAUCCUUACCCUAGAGGGGUAGAAAUGGCACCGCAGAAACUUGGGCAACCUUGGCGCGAGAUGCCUUCCCCCAUUGUGGAAGUAAAGGUGUAUUGCUGGAUUGGCAAGAAUGACAUCCCUGGAGAAGUCCUCAAGGGAGAAGUAGAGGAAAAACUCUCAGUUAUGGGCAAAGAUUGGUUUUACUUGGGUAGUGGUGGUGGUAGUAGAUCCACGAAGAGAGGAAGAUCAGGAGGAGAAACAGAUACUACACCUUCUGGCUGCACGAGUACUCUCCUUCAACUCUUUGAUUUGCAUCACUUUCUCUUCGCUUUACACCAGCAACCCUCUUUCAAGCCUGACCCUUUCCUCCCUGAAGAACCCACGGUCGUCCUCAAAGGUGUAGAAGCACCAAGGAACUGCUUAGAGUUGGAGGAGCCGUCCAUGGAAGAAAGAUUGAAUAUCAAAGUGGGUAUUUAUAAAAUCAAAACAAAAGGUGACACAAGAAGAUCGCCAAGAGCAUCUACUUCAAAAGCAACAAGAACAGAGGAUUUGUUUUCAGAAUGUAGCAGCUCCCCGGGAGCAAAGACCCCAAAUCUAGUAGCUAGAUUAAUGGGGCUUGAUCUUCUUCCUGAAAGCACCUCUCCCUCUUUGUCCUCCUCAACCCAUUCAGCUUCAAAUCCUUUCUUCAAGUCAAAUUUACAUCCUCAAAUACAGAGUCUAAAACAAGCGCUCCACUCUCAAAAAUUGUUUCACGGCAGAGCUACAGGCAGUAGAAAUUUCUUGGACAAUGAUUCUAUAGUCACCCGUUCAUUGCCAGAGACACCAAGAAUAUCGUCGGCCAGAAGAUCCGACGUUGAUCAUCAUCGGUUUUCGCUUCAACUUAACAGAGAGAACUUUGCUGUGGGCCAAGAGUUCGAAUGUACUAAUUAUUCAGCAAGAAAGUCCGCUAGAAGAAGAGAUCCGAGACUAGAAGAUCAUGAGAAUAGAAGACCAGGCCACUGUGCUAGACAGAUUGGGAAGCAAGUGAAAGAGAAUGGUAGCAGUAAAUUUGGGUUAGACCUAACCAAUACCAUCAAAAACAGAGAGCAAGGAAGAGAGGAUCAUGUUGUUCUAGUAAAAUCAAAGAAACCAUCCAAUGGAUUGGCGAGAGAUGAUGAUGAAUUGAGCCGGAGCAAGCAAUCAACGCCUUCUUGCUCACCCAGGCUCAGGUUCUCCGAAUCGAAGGCCAAACCAGUUACACCAUCAGUCAGUAAGAAUCAGAAUUGUCACACUUCGAUGCUCACAUCAUCACCAUUAUCAUUAUAUGUUGAUUAUCAGCCCCAACCCGUUAAAUCUUCAUCAAGACCAAAUUCUCGGCUACCAUUGCCAGAGCAACAAACCCAACAGCAAAAUGCAGUUCAAAAAUGCAAGAAGGUUGCAAACAACCCUCUUAGAAACAAGAAAGAGGAGACAUUUUUCCGUUCAUCGACAGCUGCUAAAGCAACCCUCUUAGACAAAAAAUGCAGGAAGACUACAUUUUCAAAUGAGCUUCUCAACAACAAUGGCCCAACCUUUUUUCCAGUAAAGAAAUACCCUUCUCCUCCACCUACAAAAUUACAUCAAAAACAGUGUCAGGUACCUGAUCCUCUUUCAUCGAAAAGGAGCAAACAGUUAUAUAGUUGUUCGAGCAAUCCGUACGAGCAAGAAGCUACACAGAUGCUCAUCAUCCAAGAUAACAACGCCAAUGGCAAUUCCAACGGUGCCACCACUGUCAGUGAAGUGGAAUUUCAGUACAUUACAAGAAUACUAAACCGUAAUGGUAUAAACAGAGACACCCAAGUCCCCAUGUCCUACAACAGAUGGUAUUCCCAAUCCCACCCCCUCGACCCUUCAAUUUUUUACCACCUCGAACCGUGCCAUGUCAUCGCCAUUAACACUAACAAGCACUCGAAAUUGAGUCACCGGUGCAACAGGAAGCUUAUCUUCGAACUGGUGGAUGAGCUUCUAGCUGAGUUUUUGAGGCCAUAUAUCAAUUUGAAGCCAUGGAUGGCUUCAGUUUAUCAUGAAAAUUGUCGAAUGGAUGGGUCACAACUGUUUGACAAAAUGUGUGAAAGAAUCAGAAGCUUUCCUUCGGCUGAUUGCCGAGUUCUAGAAGACAUUGAUGCAUUGAUUGACAAAGAUUUGUUCAGAAACCAGUUGCAGAACUCAAUUGCACUUGAAGAGGAAGCUAAGGUUUUAGUAUCAGAAAUUGAAGAUCACAUUGUGGACACACUGGUGCAUGAAAUGGCCCAUGGAAGCGUUUGAUUGAUGGUGUGCUAUUUCCGUAAAGAUGGUGAUGAAUGCUAUUCUUCGGAUCUGAGCCACUUAUCCAUGGUGGUGGCCUUUUUUGUAAAUAGAGAAGUCAAAUAGGGGUAGACGUGGAGUUUCAUUGGUUGUUCUUUUUCAGAGAAAAAAAAACCCAGCAUGG